UAUUGUCAUGAUGCCUACUUUUUAGACUAAUAUUGUUUAUAUCUUAAAGAUAUUUGGUCCAUUAGUUCGUGUGCUUAGAUUAGUUGAUGGUGAGAAAAUGCCUGUAAUGGGAUAUAUUUAUGAGACGAUGGAUAGGGCUAAAGAAGCAAUUGCAAAGUCAUUUGAUGAAAAUGAAGAAAAAUACAAGACAAUUUUUGAGAUUAUUGAUAAACGAUGGGAAAGCCAACUCCAUCGACCUUUGCAUGCAGUUGGAUAUUAUUUGAAUCCUGAAUUUUUUUAUUCAAAUGAGAAAAUUAAUGAAGAUGUUGAGGUUGUUACCGGUUUAUACCUAGUUGUAGCAAGGUUGAUUCCAAACAAAGAAGAGCAAAACAAAAUAAUGGCACAAUUACCUUUUUAUCAAAAUGCUGAAGGCGUCUUUGGGAUGGAUAUGGCAAUUAGGAAUCGAAAGAAAGUAUCUCCAGCUACAUGGUGGCUAACUUAUGAAGCAACAACUCCAAAUUUGAGAAAUUUUGCUGUCAAAGUGCUUAGCCUCACUUGUAGUGCAUCUGGUUGUGAGCGUAAUUGGAGCAUCUUUGAGCAUGUAAGUGACUAAACAUCUCCCUUUAGAAUUACACCUUUAAUUUGUUCUUUCAAAAAUUAUACUUAUUAAAAUUGUUAUAUUUUGCAUAUUCACAGUAAAAAAAGAUAUAGACUAGCUCAAAAUCGCUUGAAUGAUUUGGUGUUUGUCAAGUACAAUCGGUCAUUAAAGCGUAGAUAUGAUGCACGUGACCCCAUUGACCCCAUCUCAUUAAAAGACAUUGAUGAUAGUAAUGAAUGGUUGAUGGGUCAAAUGGAGGAAGAGAUGGAUAGAGAUGAACUUGUUUUUGAAGAUGAUGAUUUGACAUGGAAUGUGGUUGCUGUAGCUACUGGAGCUGAAGAAAAUGCCUACAACACUAGAUUAAGCAAAGGGAAAAAUGUUGCAUCUACAUCAAAGCAAAAAAAAAAAAGCAUCAUCCACUCGUACUUCUUCACUUCUUGAAGACGAGGAAGAAAAUGAUGAUGAUGAAGAUGUUGAUUUGGAAGAUGAGUAUGAGGAGGAUAAUGAAGAUGAUGAAGAAGAUGAAGAAGAUGAAGAGGAUUUUGAUAUUUCUAUUGAUAUGGAUUGAACAUUUAGUAGUUUACUAGUUUAUUAAACUUUAAUUUUUAGUAGUUUAUUAGUGUUUUUAACUUUUAGUAGUUUAUUUUUAUCUCUUUUGGAUUAUAAACUAAUUAUUACUUGCAUAUUUGUUAGUUAUUAUUAUAUAGUUUUAUGUUACUUGAGGUAUGAUAGCAUAAUUAUAAUUUUUUUUAUUUUUAAUAUAUAUUUUUUAUUUUUGCUCCUUGGCUCUCUCGGGCACGCGCCUUGCCCCUUGCGCCUAGGCUCCAAGACACCUUGGCGCCUUGGUGC